AGCAUGCGCGGUAGAGCACUCUAAUCAUAAAACAUCCCGGAUGUGAUGGAAUUGGAAGCUCCUAGGCUGGACGAAGGCACUUGUCAGGACGACGGCGUUUCGGAAGCGGUGAAGACGUCGACGUGCGAUGAGAGCGACCAAACGGCUGCUUCGGUUGACACACGCCCCACAGAUGAUUCAGAGAGUGUCGAAGAAAGCAAAGAAGAGACGAAUGACAACGCGACGAACGGGAAAUCGGACGACGAUGCUUCUGUGUCACACGUUGUCAUCGGACCCAAUGAACAUCCUCUCCAGUAUCACUACUGCUUCUGGUUUUCUCGUCGUGGGCCAGGUGCAAAGGGCUCGGCCCCUGCCAAUUACGAACAGAACAUGAAAGUGAUUGGAACAUUUGGAUCGGUCGAACAAUUCUGGGCACAUUAUGUUCAUAUGGCUCGUCCUGCUGAACUAAGUGGACACUGCGAUUUUCAUUUAUUCAAAGAAGGUAUCAAACCGUUGUGGGAACACGAUGCUAAUAAGAACGGCGGAAAAUGGAUGAUUCGUCUUCGAAAAGGAUUGGCCUCAAGAUUCUGGGAAUACUUGAUACUUGCAAUUCUCGGAGAGCAAUUCAUGGUUGGUGAUGAAUUAUGUGGCGCUGUGGUGUCUGUUCGGUUUCAGGAAGACAUCAUUUCCGUGUGGAACCGAUCGGCAGACAACAAAGCCGUCACAGAAAGGAUAAGAGACACGAUGAUGCGCGUGUUGAAUCUCCCUCCCAACACAGUUAUAGAAUACAAAUGUCACAAUGCCAGUCUCAAGGACAGAUCAAGCUUCAGGAAUACGGAUGUCUUUGUCAGGUGAAUGAAGAUAAGCACAAAAGACUUGUGUAUUUUCUACAAACUAUAAGAAGCAGAUCUACUGUACACUGUACUAUUUCUCUAAUGAUAGGUUUAGAGUAUGUUCGGAGAACUGUACUUGUUGUAAAUUUGUUUCCUGCAUACUGGCAGUCUGGGAGAUACGUGCAAUAUUAAUUAAUAUUAUAGAUGGGUUUUGAAUUCAA